UUUCAGGAUGGCUUGAUGGAGGGUCUUUCAUCGAGCGUGAUCACCAGCGGAACGCCAUCCGCGCAAUGUGUUACGGUUGCUGCUGCAAAGUCCGCUCUUGCCGAGCGCAAGGCCAUAUUGGGUAGCAUUGAGAGUGAAUUGGCUUUAGCUAAAGCCGAUGUCUCAUCUAUAAAGGUAUAA